AUGGCGCAGUCCAGUGAGGAGACGCAGGUGACGCAGGAGGCGCAGGACCCCAAGCCCCAGCGAUGCGCGCUCAAGACGAGGCUGGGUCAUCAGCUUCCUCACCGAGUCUUCUUGGACAACUGGCAGUCCGGACUUACCGUGGCGAUGGUGAGUGUCCCCUUGUCCAUCUCCUUGGGUAUCGCCUCCGCCGGCGGCGACCCGAGCGCACCUUUGAUGGGCGUUUCCACGGCCUUUUGGGGCGGCCUUUGCGCUUCGAUCUUCAGCUCCAGCGACUUCAACAUCAUUGGCCCAGCGGGAGCUUUAAGUGGAAUGCUCAAUGCCGCCACCAUCAAGUUCGGUGGAGCUGAGGUGCUGCCGUACCUGUCAUUAAUUUCAGCAGGAUUCAUUUUCCUCAUCUACUUGCUUGGCCUGCAACGAUACUUGCUGUUGAUGCCCACAGCGGUGUUUGAAGGUUUCACCUUGGCGGUGGCCUUCAUCAUCGGCCUUGGACAGCUCGAGAUGGCUUUGGAUUUGCCCCUGGGAGGGGUGACACCUCGGACGGGUGACAUGGGCACCUUCGGCAAUGUGGCUGACGGCAUGCCGAAACAACACCAAUCAUGGGUUCAAACAGGCACCAAUCUGGUGUUUCUAGAUGUUUCUAGUUUUGUUUACUAG